UGCACAUACAUCUUGCCACCUGCAACAUCAAAUCGAAACCAGCGCGUAUGUAGACAUUGAACCGCAAAAAGGGAAAUAUCUACACUGGCGGCCAGAAACCAUCUAGCUAGACUCCUGCGUAGUCUUGCCAUCCCCUUCUCAUCUCGCCCUCUACACACUCCCACCCUACAGGCCGGCCUCAACAUGGCGUGGCAAUGCUCAGGUCGCAGCAAUACGGAGCUGAUAGAAAAUAUGUGGAGGCGCGGGUUAAUAACAGAUAAAGCGGUAAAAGAGGCAUUUCUAAAGGUUGAUCGCGCACAUUACGCGCCUUCAUCACCCUACGAAGACUCCCCACAAGCCAUAGGACACGCUGCCACCAUCUCAGCACCUCAUAUGCACGCGAGCGCAGUAGAACAUGUUUUGGAGUAUCUGCUACCUACUUCGCCACGGCGCGUGCUCGACGUAGGCUCAGGUUCAGGGUACUUGACACAAGUUCUGGCCGAAGUCAUUGGUGACCAGGGCAAAGUUGUUGGCGUCGAGCACAUUACAGCGCUGAAGGAGCUGGGCGAAGGUAACAUGAGAAAAAGUGAGCGUGGGAGAGAGCUGCUUGCCUCGGGGAGAGUGCAGUUUGUGGUGGGCGAUGGCCGCAAGGGAUGGGAUGAUGGUGAGGGCGGUUGGGAUGUCAUUCAUGUGGGUGCUUCUGCGAGAGAAGUACAUGAGCCACUGAUUGAGCAACUCAAAGCGCCUGGCUGUAUCUUUAUACCCGUAGACGACGAUGCGACAGGAUAUGGUCAACACGUUUGGAGCAUAUCGAAAGACGCGAAUGGCGAAAUCACUAGCGAGAAACUCUUUGGCGUUCGAUAUGUUCCUCUGACCGAUUCACCAGAGAAACUUUAG